AUGUUUAAUCAUCUUGGAGCUGCAUUAGCUGGAGGUCUUGGUCAUGGUGGAUAUGGAUUAUAUCAUCCUCACCAUUAUGGUCAUUUUGGUUUUGGAAAUCCUUAUCAUCAUGGAUAUGGAUUGGGUGGAUAUGGUGCUCCAUAUGGAUAUGGUUACCAAGGAUUUGGUAUGCGUCGUUUUCUUGGAGCUGCAUUAGGUGGAAAAGUUGGCCUGGGUCUAUAUGGAUUAUCUCAUCUUUACCGUUAUGGUCAAUAUGGUCUCGGAUAUCCUUAUCGUCGUCAUUUUGGAUUAGGUGGAUAUGGUUUUGGACACUAUCCCUACCGUCAUAUAUUUUAA